CUGCGUGCAGUGGAGCUGAUGUUUGGCGGCGAGGGUGCCGGCGCCGCCAUUGCGCGCGGCAAGGCGCUGGCGCUGGGGACGCUGGUGACUCGCUACCUGGUGGAGGCGCCGCCCAAUGUCUGCACCCCCACCCACCUGGCGGAGGCGGCGGCCAAGAUUGCGGCGGAGGCGCCGGAUGUGAUGAAGCUGGAGGUGCUGGAGAAGGCGGAGUGCGAGGCGCUGGGCAUGGGGCUGUACCUGGGAGUGGCUGAGGCCGCCGACGAGCCCCCCAAGUUCAUCCACCUCACAUAUACACCCGGGGGAGAGGUGAAGAAGAAUGUGGCGAUUGUGGGCAAGGGGCUGACCUUUGACAGCGGCGGCUACAACCUCAAGGCGGGGGCCGGCUCCAUGAUUGAGAUGAUGAAGUUCGACAUGGGCGGGUCGGGCGCCACGCUGGGAGCUGCCAAGGCCAUCUCUCUGAUGAAACCAGAGGGCGUGCAGGUCCACUUCAUCAUCGCCUCCUGCGAAAACAUGGUGGAUGGGCGGGGGCUGCGCCCUGGGGAUGUGCUUGUGGCCAGCAACGGCAAGACGGUCGAGAUAAACAACACAGACGCGGAGGGGCGCCUGACGCUGGCCGACGCGCUGCUAUAUGCGCAGAAGCAGUGCGGCGCGGAGGCGAUCGUGGACAUUGCCACGCUCACCGGCGCCUGCAUGGUUGCGCUGGGCGACGGCGUGGGCGGGCUGUGGGCCCCCAGCGACGACAUGGCGGCGGGCGUGGGCGCAGCGGCCAAGGAGGCGGGCGAGAAGCUGUGGCGCAUGCCGCUGGAGGAGAGCUACGGCGAGCAGCUGAAGAGCGGGAUCGCCGACAUGCGCAACACGGGGGCGCGCCUGGGCGGCGCCAUCACCGCUGCCCUCUUCCUCAAGGAGUUUGUGGAUACGGGCAAGGUGCAGUGGUGCCACCUGGACAUCGCGGGGCCGGUGUGGCAGGAGAAGCAGGGCGGCGCCACCGGGUUUGGCGCGCAGACGCUGGCAGAGUGGGCGGCCGCGCAGGGGCGCUAG